AUGGAUAAUACUAGUAAAGUGGACAAUAGUGAACCAAGUUUUCAGGAUGCCGUCGUCUUCAAGUUUACAAACUUCGUCUGCGAGAGUUACAACCAAUCCUGGUUCGUGUUCCACAACUAUCGUCUGAAGGCCGUCAGUCGAAACAAAGUGCUCCUCAAUGUUAAUGGGACGAUACUACAUCCGGUCAAAAAUGCAUCAAUUCGUGGCAGAAUUUUUAAAAAGGCAAACGGCUAUAAGCCUUGGCUCUUCGAUAUUUACUUUGAUGCCUGUCAGUAUUUUCUAAAGCGGAAUCAACCUGUUGUUAAUAUAGUUUAUAGGCUCUUCAAAGAGUUCACUAGCCUGAACCACUCUUGUCCCUACGUGGGUCCACAGUUUGUCAAGGACCUUUAUCUAAGACAUGAGCUACUGGGUAUUCCCCUGCCAACAGGGGAUUAUUUAUUGGCGAUUCAGUGGUACUUCGAUAAGAAGCACCAGUUUGAUACGAAUGUUAGUUUUACAUUCGUGGAGGAUCUAAUGAAGAGAAAUUAG